AUGCAGCUCAGAAUAACCACACCAGACGAGGCAUGCCGAAGCCUGACUGAAGCGACUGACUUUAACACCCAGCUGGCUACACUUCGCACGAUCAAGAACACUCUUACCGGACACGAGUUGCGCAAGAUCGAGUACAUUAAAGCUGGUCUGAUUUCUGUGCUCGAUGACUUCUUUACACAGUUCACCAGCUCACAGACUAGUGACGAGCAUACUGGAAGCGACCACGACAAGAUCGCACUAUGGCUGCAUGCUUCUUCCAUAGUUGGUAUCCUGGCCAACAGCGGCACUUCUUUCACAGCACCCAUCCUUGCGAGUGACUUGCUUCAACGACUACUUGACCUUCUACACGAUACGUCGGAUGUGCGACUACAGCUCACGAUCUUACGCUCUCUCAACACAAUAGCCGACAACCUUCCUCUACAAUCCGAAAGGGAAUGGAUGCCAGACAGGUCUCUGGCUGCACAGCUAUUCAAGCGGGAAAACGUCUCGCAGCUGGCAAAGAUCAUAUCUUCUCAGAACACACAUCAUGAACAACAGGCUAUGGAAGCUGCUCUGACUCUUAUAUGCAAGACCUGCACCAGGGAGAGGGAGAAAAGGAUCUUAGUCGAAACCGAUAUUCUCAAUAAUUUGUGCGAUAAAGUCGUGCAAUUCAUCAACUUGCAGAAGAUUCCAGUAUGGCAAGGAAAGAGAUUCGGCUACGAAUUGCAGCAUAGUCACGGCCAACCCCAUCAGAUCCAAGAGAAAGCUAACCACGUUUCUCUCGUUCUUGAAACCAUAGCUCUCAUCAUCGAGAAAUCCGAAUCUCAUGCUCAAACAUUUGUCAGUCAUGCUGGUCUUCUGGCCGCUAUGAGCGUCCUACCACAUACUGAGGAUGAUAUUCAGAACUUCGGUAGCUCUUUCAGCAUUCCUCCAAUCAUCACCAUCGCUCUACCGACGGUUCCAGAUCCUUAUUCCAUGAAUGCUGCUCGAAGAUCGCAAUUUCCACCAUUGUCUGUCUCAUCCUCUGCUCAGAAACGACGAACCUCCGCUAUUCAAUCACCUCGAGAUCAGAAUAGUAUUAUCGUUGAGGAAAACGACAGGGAUGAGCAAGGAGAAUACUUAAUAGUGCCAUGGCUACUCUACCUUGUUCGCACAAGUGGAGGAAGAAGACGUUUCGCUGCUGCAAGACUUCUGGGUAUUCUCAAGUGUCACAACUUGAUGCACCCCACUCGUGCGAGAUCAUUGGCGGCACUGCUUGUGCCUAUUCUUGUGCAUAUGCUACUGACUCACAACGACUCUGAUGCACCUGGUUUCUAUGGUCAUCUUGUACCAUCUGUGCUUGCAAUGGUUGUUAAGGACAACGAGUAUCUUCAAAAAGCUGCAGUUGAGGUCAAAGCGAUUGCCAAGUGUGUCUUCGCAUUGAAGACAAGCUUCGAAAAUCAAGAGGACAUCGCCACAACACUUUGGUGGCCACAGCAAUUGACUCAUAAAUUGACCGACGGCGAGCCAGCUUACUGUCUCGGUCCUGGUGGUCCAUCGCCAAGGAUGCGCAAGGUCAUGACUUGGAGGCAAGGACUUUUACAAGCACUUGCUUCACUCGCCCCUGACAACGAAAGCUAUAGGAAGGAAGUCGUUGAUGUGGGCGGAUUGCCGUUGAUCAUGCAGGCACUUGAGCCAUUCUCAAGUUCGAUCGUAGAAGGCGAGAUCAAGGGUGAUUCUAUUCAUGUGCAUGGCAAUUCUCCUGAAGUAUUAAUUGCUGCAUGUGGUGCAGUCAGGGCAUUGACACGUUCGGCAACCUCUCUCCGCACCAAGCUCGUUGAUGCAGAUGUCGCCAAACCUAUCAUUAAACUACUACAAACUGCCGAGCCAGAAGUACGUAUUGCUGCGACCAUGGUAAUGGCCAAUCUGGCACACGAUUUCAGUCCAAUGAAGCAGACCGUCGAGCCGAUUCUUAGGAAGUUGUGCGAACAAGCUCAUUCGGCAAAUGCUCGAUUACGCCAUGAAUCUUUGUUUGCGCUCAAGGCAAUGGCCAAUAAUUCGAAGAACGAUCUCAAGAGGAAGAUUGUGGAAGAGCUUGGUCCAAACUGGAUCAAGCAUCUGAUCGCGACCGAUCCACAUGAUGUACCUGCUGGUGAGGUCAUCGGCUUAGUACCGAAGGAUUAUCGCAAAGGAUCAAUGGUACGUGUGUCAGGAGAUGUCAGGAUGGACAUAGAUGAGGAUGGCAGCUGGGAUGGUAACGAAAGCGACGACGAGUUCAACGCGCAUUCGUUACAAGAAGACCUUGAUAUUCAAGCUGAGCUACUGGGAUUUCUACGCAACCUCACGACUGGUGAACGACCAGAUGAGAUAAUUGAGUUUCUGCUCGAGCACAUUGGACAGGAUGACUUUCUCCAGAUUCUUGUGGACAGACUAAAGGCUGGAGUCAGUCAGCGACCCUUGGCAUUCUCGCCUCCAUCAGCCAUCAUAUUCAACAGUAUCUACAUUCUCACACAUCUCUGUGCUGCAGAUCGCAAAUAUCGACAGACCAUUUCACAAAACGUCGUCCUUAUGAAACAGGCCUCUGCACUUCUUGGUCACAGUGAUCCUUUGGUGCGAUGUGCGGCAUGCUGGCUUGUUACAAAUCUGGUUUACAUGAACAGUACAGAAAAUCACGAGACGCUGAUUCAAAGAGCACGAGAUUUGCAGAAAAUGGGCAUCAUGAACCAGAUUAGGAGGAUGGAGAAGAGUGAUCCAGUCAUGGAUGUGAAGGAAAGAGCAGCUACGGCGAGUGAGUGUUUCAAUAAGUUGCUUGAUAGGAGUUAG